AUGAUGCCUUAUCGCUAUUACGGAGAUCCCGAGAUCACGCCGUGGGACCCCUGGUAUUCUGAAAACGAAGCGCCUCGGUCGUUUUGUCAGAAGGAAGUUGUCGACAUCAUUUUGACGCUGGGUUAUGAGUUACUUCGAGGCUUCCGAAAGGUCACGAUAUCCGGAGAUGUGAAGACGUCGAAUCACGAGAAAUGGGAUCCUCUUUUGCGCGACCAGUUGCCCCCAGGCAAACCUCGAGAAAGGCGCGACAUGACCGCUGACGUCGCCAGGAUCCUGGCCAUGUCCGAUGAAGAGCUUCCGCCGAUCUGCCGCUGCUCAAAGCCAUGUCAGUGGUGGUGGUCUGAACGUCGGGAGGAGGAUGGGGAGUGGGAUAUGGAAUGGUUGGAACAUGUGAACCCCGAGUUUUCCUGUGAGGACUGA